CCGCCGCAUUCCAAACCACUUCAUAUACAGCAUCACCACAAAUCACGUAUAGAGGAACCCCAAGGAGGACAACAAGAACAUUAUAACUAUGGCAAAGCAAACCUUCAAAAUAUUGGUGCUGCCUGGCGACCAUGCAGGCCCCGAAGUCAUGGAGGCUGCCCUCCAGGUCCUCGACACCAUUGAGAAGUGCCGCCCCAGUCUCCAGUUUGAGCGAACCACCGGUCUCGUCGGCGGCUGCAGCUUAGACAAGCAUGGCGUUGCCAUCACUGAAGAAGUUCUGCAACAGGCAAGCGAAAGUAACGGCACGCUGUUUGGCUCUGUUGGAGGUCCUGAGUGGGCAGACCACUCGCCCAAUCCAGAGUCUGGUAUCCUCGCCCUCCGAAAGAAGCUCAAUGCGUUUGCCAAUCUGCGGCCGUGCGAAAUCAUUGUCCCGUCACUUGUCGACGCCUCACCCAUCAAGGCAGACAAGGUGCGCGGAACCAAGUUUAUCGUGGUACGUGAGAACUGUGGCGGUGCCUACUUUGGCGACAAAGUAGAAGAAGAAAAUAUCGCCUCUGAUCUAUGGGUCUACACAACACCUGAAAUUGAGAGACUGUCCCGCGUUUCAGCUGCGGUGGCCAGAAUCAUGGGUGCUGAUGGCGAUGGAAAGGGCAGCAAAGGAAAGCCCGCCGUCGUCUGGAGCGCAGACAAGGCCAAUGUCCUUGCGAGCGGCCGACUUUGGAGACGCAUCACACAAAAUACAUUCGAUACGGAAUUCAAGGAUAUUACCCUGAAGCAUCAGCUCGCUGAUAGCAUGGCCAUGCUCAUGGUGGCGGAUCCUCGCCGCUUCAACGGUGUCAUUCACACAGACAACACUUUUGGCGACGUGCUGUCUGAUAUCUCUGGCGCCAUUGUCGGUACACUGGGGACGCUGCCGAGCGCUAGUAUCUCGGGAGUUCCCGGUGAAGGACCUUGCAACGGCAUCUACGAGCCUGUCCACGGAAGUGCCCCAGAUAUAGCAGGCAAAGGCGUCGCCAACCCUACGGCCCAGAUUCUCAGUCUUGCGCUUUUGCUCCGAUACUCUUGCGGACUGAUUGAGGAGGCGGCUGCUAUCGAGUCCGCGGUUGCCAAGGUUCUGGAUAGCAAGGAUGCCGGCGGUCUUGGAAUCCGUACGGGUGAUCUGGGCGGCAGCGCUACUACCAAGGAGAUGGGAAGUGCCGUGUGUAAGGAGCUGGAGGCCCUUUUGUAAAUUAUAUAGACGAUUUCGAACCCAAUUCCACUUCGUUUCCCCUUAGCGUCUAGUGAAGUCCUCUCUGGCUGCGUACAUUGAGGUAUCGCGCGA